UCACCAAUACACCCAUUAACACUACCAACACUAGUCCUGCUCCACGGUUUUGGAGGCAACUGUCUUUGGCAAUGGAGUAAGCAAGUUCAACAUCUCUCUACCCAUUUCACUUUGUAUGUCCCUGACCUUAUAUUUUUCGGCAAGUCUGUAACAAAAUCUUCAGAGCGUUCGGAAAUUUUUCAAGCGGUUUCAGUUGGAAAAUUACUUGAGUUGUUGGGUGUUACAACGUAUUCGGUUAUGGGUACAAGUUAUGGUGGUUUUGUUGCUUAUCAUAUGUCUAGAAUAUGGCCUGACAGAGUCGAGAAAGUCGUUAUAGCCAAUUCCGCUUUAAAUAUCACGUCAAAAGAUGUUGAAGAGUUGCUGAAGGAAGCAAAUAUUGAGAAUGUUGAAAGUGUGUUUUUGCCGUCAUCGCCUGCUGAGUUACUAACUUGUAUCCGAUUAAUUCGUAAGCAGUUACCGAAUUAUGUACCAGAGUUUUUGCUGAAUGAUUUUCUUGAUAAUUUGUGUAAUGAAAACAGGAAGGAAAAGUUAGAGCUUCUCAAGGGAACCACAGUUGGGAAAGAGGAUACAAUAUCCAUUCUGCCUCUUCAACAGGAGGUGUUACUAAUAUGGGGGGAGAAUGACGCAAUAUUUCCAUUGGAGAAGGGUUAUGAGCUUAAAGAGUAAGUGUACAUUCCCACCGGACCGGAUUAGGCAGCAGGUCCGGCAUAAAUUCCAAAAUUUUAUUUCAUCAACAUGCUGCAUGCAUCAAUGGUUGAAUGCAGAUUUUAGUGGUCAUGAACAUGAUGUUUUGUCUAUUAAUAUUGUUUUCGGGCUUCUUGGAGAGAAAGUAAGAAUGGAAGUUAUGUUGAAAACAUCACAUACACCUCAGCUUGAAAACCCAAAGCAGUUCAAUGACAUUGUAAUGAAGUUCUUGUUUGCGGAGUCAUCUUCAUAAUUCAAUACAGAAGUGAUCGAAAACAUGCCAAUGUGGUGGUAUGUUUCGACAAACCACUUUCCAAGUGAUACCUAUUCGUCCAGACGGAUAUCGAAAGCAGGCACACCCUGUCACAACUCCAUUCAAUAGGAGGAUAUGAGUCAUAUGUAUGCCAGUUUGUAUUAUUUUCCUGUUCCAAUAUAAUGCCAUGAUUGUUCGGUCUAUA